UGGGGCGUGGCCUCUUGCGGCGCGGGCGGCGGCGAUGGCGGAGCCGCGGGUGCUGGUGAUCGAUGGGCGCGGGCACCUCCUGGGCCGGCUGGCGGCCAUCGUGGCCAAGCAGGUGCUGCUGGGGCGCCGCGUGGUCGUGGUUCGCUGCGAGGGGAUCAACAUCUCCGGCAACUUCUACCGCAACAAACUGAAGUUCCUGGCGUUCCUGAGGAAGAGGAUGAACACCAACCCCUCCCGGGGGCCCUUCCACUUCCGCGCCCCGAGCCGCAUCUUCUGGCGAACCGUGAGGGGGAUGUUGCCCCACAAGACCAAGCGGGGCCAGGCGGCGCUGGAGCGGCUCAAGGUGUUCGACGGGAUCCCCCCCCCCUACGACAAGCGCAAGCGCAUGGUGGUCCCGGCCGCGCUCAAGAUCAUCCGCCUCAAACCCACGCGCAAGUUCGCCGUGCUGGGCCGGCUGGCCCACGAGGUGGGCUGGAAGUACCGGGAGGUGACGGAGGCGCUGGAGGAGAAGCGGAAGGAGAAGGCGAAGCUGCGCUACAACAAGAAGAAGAAGAUGAUGAGCCUGCGGCACCGCGCCGAGCGCAACGUGGAGGCAAAGACGGCGCCGUUCACGGCAGUGCUGCGACAGCACGGGGUCCUGCUCUAAUAAAGGGGCUGUGCUGGCAC